CUCUUCUCACUCUGGUUUUAUCGUGAGCAUAACUUCUUGUUCUCUUUGCGAGUGGCUCCUAAGAAUUGCACAACUUACAAUUACAUUCUUCUUUCUGUUUUCUUUGAACAGCAGCGUCAAUUGUAGAACCGUCCUCAUUCCUGGCAUCUUCCUCAUGGCUCAACCAUCAGCCUUCAAAAUUCAUAUUUUCUACCGCCUCUUCUUCACCUACCUCGACCCUUUAAUCUGCAUCUGGGGCGCGUAUAUGGACUUCUUCGACCCCGCUCUCGUCCUAAGCUCGCACGUCCCCAACGUCAGCCCGGAUAUUGGCCAUGCCAUGAUCCUCAAGCAGCGCGGAGGCGGCAUGCUUAACUUUGGGUUUAUUUCUGCAGUUCUGUUGCGAUACUCCACCGAUCUGCAAGUUUGGAGGAUUGUCCAAUUCGCGGAUUUGAUUGUUGAUGUCGCGUAUUUUUGGGCGGUUUGGGAGGGUUUGGGGGCGCAGGGGAGGUUGGAUCUUGGGACGUGGAGGGCGGAGGAUUGGGGAAGUUUGGGGAUUACAGGGUGUGCGACUGCGGUAAGGAUGGCUUUCUUGAUGGAGGUUGGGUUUGGGAGAAGGGCGGGGGAGAAAAAGAUUGCUUGACCCGUGCUCACGCGCAGGCUUCUUGGCUUCGGAGGCAGUGGUGGGACUUCGUACAUGAUUGCCAGCCCUUGAAACAGUGUGUUUUUGCUCCUACAUGAUGUUGGGAAUUAUGGAAACCCUUGUACCGGACUCAUCCCUGGAACAGAUUCGGCAGCGAAGAAGCG